AAUAAAUGCAGUUAUAUCAAGAUAUUGUGAUGAGUACUUCAGCAAGUGUGAAAAUUCCAAAUUUUGUGAUCUAAAACUAUUCUAUUGGCCUAAUAUAGUGUUCAUUUAAAUAUUCUUUUACGUAAACUAGUGAUAUUUUUGAUACAGUUAUUGAAGUGUUAGAAAUAGUGUAGUGUGAUUUAGUAACUUAGUAUCUAGUGAUAUGCUGAGAAGAGGAUCCCGUUCAUACUGUUGACAUACGAGGAGUGUCAGCAUGCAGUGCGGCGCUCUGUUGUCGCUGCUGGCGGUCGUAGCACAGGCGUCGCGACGCCGCGAAGCGCCGGCGGCACCAGCCCCCGCGUACGCGGACUUCGACGAACAGAUGGGACCAGAACUGCCCGAUGAGCACGGAAUAUAUUCUCCGUACAUGGGGCAUGGCGAAAGUGUGCGAGUUUUAGACCCUGAUCUGGGUACAUUGGAGUUAGGUGAGGAAAGGGAAGCCAAACGCCACAGAGAAUACAGGUCGUCGACAGGUAAAACGCGGAGGGAAAGCUCUCGGCACCCCGAAGAUGAUCCAUUAGUAGUCAGGACUAACAAAGGGAUCGUCAGAGGUACCACGUUGACGUCAUCGACGGGCAAACACGUCGAUGCGUGGCUUGGCAUACCAUACGGCCGAAAUCCUUCUGGGGCGCUACGCUUCCGACACCCUCGGCCGGCUGAUCCUUGGCAGGGCGUCCUAAAUGCCACAUCGCCGCCGAACACGUGCGUUCAGAUAGUUGACACGCUGUUUGGAGACUUUCCUGGUGCAACGAUGUGGAACCCAAAUACUCCGAUAUCAGAAGAUUGCCUCUACGUGAAUGUUGUGGCUCCCAAACCUAGGCCUACAAAUGGACCUGUAAUGUUGUGGAUAUUUGGAGGAGGUUUCUAUAGUGGUUCUUCAACUCUGGACGUAUAUGAUCCAAAAACGUUAGCAGCAGAAGAAGGAGUUCUGGUGGUUUCAAUGCAGUACCGAGUGGCCUCCCUCGGUUUCUUAUUCCUAGGCACUCCUGAUGCACCAGGCAAUGCAGGCCUCUUCGACCAGCUGCUAGCCCUGCGUUGGGUGCGUGACAACGUCCGAGCAUUUGGCGGUGAUCCUGAUCGAGUCACACUAUUUGGUGAAAGUGCUGGUGCCGUUUCAGUGUCUAUGCAUUUACUAUCACCGCUUUCUAAAGAUUUGUUUGCUCGUGCCAUAUUGGAGAGUGGAUCUCCUACUGCUCCAUGGGCUCUCAGAAGCAGGCAAGAGGCGUUAAAUAGGUCGCUUUUGCUUGCUAAGACUGUGGGUUGCCCACAUUCGCCAGAUGAUCUUGCGGCUACAGCGGAAUGCUUAAGACAAAAAGAUAGCCGGGACUUGGUAAAUAACGAAUGGAAUGACCUAGGCAUUUGUGAAUUUCCGUUUGUGCCGGUAGUGGACGGCGCUUUUCUUGAUGAAAGUCCACAAAGAGCACUCAAGCGUGGAAAUUUUAAGAAAACCGAUAUACUCACAGGAAGCAAUACGGAAGAAGGGUAUUAUUUCAUCAUCUACUAUUUAACCGAGUUGUUCAAAAAAGAAGAAGGCAUCAACGUCACACGUGAGCAAUUUUUGCAGGCUGUGAAAGAUUUGAAUCCACGUGUAGGACCAAUAGGCACCCAAGCUAUAGUAUUUGAAUAUACUGACUGGUUAGAUCCAGAAGAUCCACUAGGAAAUAGAGAUGCUUUGGAUAAAAUUGUCGGAGAUUAUCAGUUCACUUGCAAUGUAAACGAAUUUGCGCACAGGUAUGCAUCUGAAGGUUUGAACGUGUAUAUGUAUUUAUUCUCUCAUCGUUCCCGAAUUAACCCUUGGCCACGUUGGACGGGAGUUAUGCAUGGGGAUGAAAUUAGCUAUGUGUUCGGAGAGCCCCAAGACUCCAGUCGCGGUUAUACCCAUGCUGAAGCUGCUCUCAGCAAGCGCAUGAUGCGCUAUUGGGCAAACUUUGCCAAAACGGGGGAUCCUAAUCCGGGACCAGGUAAUGAACCAUACUGGCCUAAGCACACAGUCGAGCAUAAGGAAUACUUGACUCUAGGCGUGAACGAUUCAGAAUUAGGAAAAGGGCCAAGACUUAGGCAAUGUGCAUUUUGGAAACAGUUUCUGCCACAGCUUAUCAUUGCCACGAAAAAUACAACUGCUUCAGUCCGAAGCGAGUGUGUGUCCGGAGUUCCUGCACCAUCAGCCUGCGGAGCAGUCAUCGCCCUCUUCCUGCUCCUCUGCGCUAUAUUGCACAGAUCGCCGCUCUAAAAGAUCGAACGACGACAGA